AACAAACGGACUUUCUUGGGCUUUUAAAUUUUAUAAAUGGAAUAUGGCCCAACUUGAGUUAUAUAGCCCACCUUUUGAGGCUUUUCGAGGGUCCCAUCUGUUUUUUUUAUAACCACGUGUACGUAAAGUCAGUUACGUGUCCGAACUUACCCGCCUUACUCGGAUCCGAGUCAGCUUCUCGAUAUUUAGUUAUUUCCGACACUACCGGCAAGUGGUCGCCAGAUUUAUAGAUGAUGGAGUUCUCUCUGAUCGGCGCCGAUACAGUCUCAGUUUUCACGGCGAAGCGAGGCAUAGCGUUUGGAAAAUCUCUUCUCAACCGAUGGGAUUUGACGAAUCACAUUUCGUUCGCCGUUGAUGCAAUCUCCUCUUCACCGGUCAGAGCCAGCUCUUAUAAGACAAUCAGAAGGAUCCGCAAGAAGCGGCGUACGAAGCGCGUUUCCUUCGGCGAAGACGGUGGCGAUUUUGGUCGUUUUCUACUAGAAGGCGAUUUUAUCGGUGGUAACGACGGUCCAUUCGGAUCUGGCGGUGGCGACGAUGGCGGUGGAAAGGGAUGGAACUACGGUGGUGGUGGUUGGGAUGAGUCUUCGUCGUGGUCUUGGUCGGAUCCAGCAAUGGAGUUUGUGUAUGAAGUGAUUUGCUGGAUCGCGUUGUCGAACUGUGUACAUUUCGCGUUCAAGAGGAUAGUGAGAAUCGUGACUGACGGUGAAAGGGAGAAGUUGAGCCUCACGUUAUCUCCGGUGUGCUGACAACUUCGUGGUUUGGUUACAGUCACAUGUCUGAAUGAUCUCUCGAUGUGUACUUAUAAUUAAUUAUUUAUAUACAUUGUACAUAAAUUUCAUUUGGUUUUGCAAUCUUAUUUUGGAUUCCCAGAGGAGUUCAUGUCCUUAGAAACAAGAAUGAUGAUACUGUGGAUAAUUGUUAAUUCUCUU